AAGGGGGCUUUAAAUGAAGAAGGGGGCUUCUCUUCCCCGUCUCUCUCGUUUCUCUUUGCUCGAUCACCCAUCGAAAUUGGUUUUGGUGCGCUUGAAGGCGAAGCUAGCUUCAAAGAUUCCGCAAUUCCAGGUGGAUCUCUCGAUCUCCGCGUUUAUGAUUGUCUCCUUUCGUUUCUUCUGUGUAUUUCUUAUUCGUGGAUUGUCUGUUUGGUUACUCGGUUCAAUUCAUCUCUGCGGAAGUUGUUCUAGGGUUUGAAUUCCGCUAGGUAGGUUGGGUCUUGGAAUUUUCGGAACACCAGAUUGAAUUUACGGACGGAAGUUUGAUAUUGUGGUGGAUCAAAUCCUUGGGUUAGAACUUUUACGUUAAUUUAAUGCGAGUUUCUCGCGGUUCCAUUGGGUUCGUUUUGCAGAGCUUAUAUUCUUCAGGCGCUAAUCAAUUGGAAAUUUUAAGAAUUUAGUUGACAAUGAUGCUUCCUAGGAUAUGAGAGGAUGUAGGGUGGAAUAUUUAGAUUGUUUUCAAUGUAAUUUUUUGUAUGUAUGGUGUGUUAUUUGAUUUCCAUCUCGUUCUGAAUGUAGAUUGUGACGUCCAGUAAAAAAUGAGGGGAAGAAGCUACAGUUACAGCCCCUCUCCUCCUAGGGGAUAUGGUAGAAGGCACAGAAGUCCUAGCCCUAGGGGACGUUAUAGAGGUCACAGCAGGGAUCUGCCAUCCAGUCUCCUUGUUCGCAACCUUCGACACGACUGCAGCCCUGAAGAUUUACGUGGACCAUUUAGCCAGUUUGGUCCUCUGAAGGACAUAUAUCUGCCUCGUGACUAUUACACAGGGAAGCCUCGUGGAUUUGGAUUUAUCCAGUUUGUAGAGCCUGCUGAUGCUGCUGAAGCCAAGUAUAACAUGGAUGGUGAAGUUCUACUUGGGAGGGAACUAACAGUAGUUUUUGCUGAGGAAAACCGAAAGAAGCCCUCAGAAAUGAGGGCUAGAGACCGUGGCAGGGAUCGUGAAAGAGAGCUCAGGAGGUCGCAUUCAUCACGUUAUGGACGCAGUAGGUACUCCAGGAGCCCUUCGUACUAUUCUCCUUCUCCUAGAAGAAGGCGAUACUCUAGGUCACCAUCGCCUAGGGACAGGAAGUAUAGGUCCAUUUCUCCAAGGGAGAGAAACUACAGGGACAGGUCCUACUCAAGGUCGAGGUCGCCUUACAUGGCCAGGAGCAGGAGCCCAAGUGGCAGCAGCAGGAGCCGGAGCCGGAGCUUCGACUAGUAGUUGUGUCUAUAUAUAAGUUGGGAGUGGCAGUUGGAACAGAGGAGUUGAAAUUUGAACCUAAAUGUUUGGAGAAUGUGUUAGCAUAAUCGUAGUGGAUGGCUAUAUAAUUGAUCUGUGCUUUAUUUAGUAGUUGUAAUCCAGAUCCUUGCGAACUGUGUGUUAAGUUUCGUGCGUGGUCUGAGUGGUUAAUGACAUUACAUGUGACAUUACAGCUCCGUAGUCUAUCCGUCGAUGUCCAAAGUUCUUCAAGCUUUCGUUAAUGAAACUAGAGAAUUGCCCAAUCGGAAAAAUUUCUUGCUGGUUGAGAUCAAUUUUGUCUGGUUGGCCUAGGCUUCCUGCUUCGGGAUGUACUAUUGUCAAUCAUUUCUGCGUUCUGUGAUCCAUAUUUGCAUGUGUCCCGCUUUUGAUCUGGUUUUACCCGUCCAUGAACGGUUAACUUAUAUAACUGACUCGUCUGGUAUUAUUUCUUUAUGGAAUUAUUAUGUGGAGUUGAUCAAACAACAUUAUAACCCCCCCCCCCCCCCCCCCCCCCCCCCCCCAUCUCCAUGCAAGCAUCUUGGGAGUGAUGCUCGCAUGUUUUCUAAAAAAUGGGUGAUUCAACUAGCUCAUACAUAUCGGGGAAUAGAGUCGCGGAUUGGCUCUCGAAGCACAAUCUCGUCUAUCUAUUGAAAUGUAUGAACUAGAGGAUCCUUCCUCAUAAGUAUGUGAGAUUAUUAGAAAUGACAUUAUGGGUGACAGCUUCCCCGGAUGGGUGAUGGAUUGGAGAUGUUGAUAGUAGCCUGAACUUCUUGUCGUGCCUUCAUGGAAAAAUUGAUUCUUGAACCCUCUGUUUCCCUAGCUCUGUUUUCGUUUUCCUUUUCUUCUGGGUGUCUAGUAGUAAGUAGGGAUGGCAACAAAACCUGAACCCACGAGUACCCACCCGAUCCAACCCGGGUAAAAUCCGUGUUGAUGGGUUUUGGGCCAGGUUUGGGUUUAAACCCGUUCACUAUUCGCCGGGUUGGGUUGGAUUUGAGUUUAGGUAAACCCGGCCCAUGGGUACCCGCCCACACCCACAUAUAAUUAAUUUUUUCGGUAUAUUUAACAUUCUAAACACCUAAACUUAUUUAUGUUUGUGCAGACAUGUCUACUUUUUUCUUUUUAAUUGUGUAGAAUGAAGUUGAUGUUAUCGGGUGGAGAGUGAAGAAACUUAAUUGAAAGGAAGAAGCAUUCAAUUAAUCAUGUUAUUUACUAAUAAUUUAUGAUUUGCUUCAAUUUUCUUGAGUUUUCUUGAUUAGUGUUGAACAAUUUGUAUAGUUAAUUUGUGAUUUGCUUGAAUUUUCUAGAAUGGUGUUUUAUAUAUGGAUAAUUUGUAUUGAGAUAUUGAUAUUUGACUUUAAUUUUGAUAGGAACUUGUUAUUGUAAAUUUUUUACGACAAAAACUCGUGGGUUCCCAUGAACCCGCGGAUACCCAGCGGGUUGGGUUGGGUUUGAGUUUUUCAAACCUAGUGAGUUUUACCCCGGGUUUUUUUCACGGAUAACCCCAUGGGUUUGGGUUUGGGUUUGGCAAAACCCGACCCAACCCGACCCAUUGCCAUCCCUAGUAGUAAGGCAAAUGUGAGGCAGUAGCCUUGUAUGUUUGAUGCAAGGAUUGAAAUAUUGUACCGUACUGGCGAUUCGACCAGGAAAACCUCCUGCCGGAGGUUAAACUGGUAAAUGGUUGAAACAUGGUUAAGCCAUGGUUUUAGUAUAAAAUACUCUACCGCUGACUUUCCAGUACAAUCUCCUAUAUGGCAUUUCGAUGUUUGGUUUGAUGUAACCUUCCUUGCUUAGUUUUCAGCCCCUUUAAUUAAAAAAAAUAUAUUUAUGUUAAGAGUUAACUAUAUUUUUAUGCAUUGUAGAAAAUACAGAUGGAUGCAUUCUUAACAACAACAAAAAUUAUCGGGCAAUGAGAAUAAAUUAUACACUUGCUAACACGAGUAACCAAUUAAUCAAACAUAUUAAAUUUU